CCUGUUAGAUAACUAAGGUGUGUUUUCUGUCACACACACACCUCACUGCUGGCCACCAGGAUACAAACGGAGCACUGAAGUGAAUGACUGUAGACAUUUACCUCCAAUCCACAAAACAGAAGUAGACUCAAGAAAUCUGACCACAGGAGAGGAGAGUGAACAUCUUCCUGACUGAGCUGCUGUCUUUCACGAAUCAUGUCACAGUGGAAAGCUAUGAGGGACCGCAGCGCUGAAUGUAACAGGGCAGUUCUGGUGUCCGUGGCACAGUUUGACCACGGUGUGAGCCUGGGCAGGAGACCCGGGGCAGAGAGAGACACUAAACGGCUGCACCGCACCCUCAGCAAGCUGGGCUUCAAAGUGGACAUUCACAACGACCUCAGCAGCGAUGAGAUGUACACACUGUUUGAGACAGAGAGCAGGCGCCCCGUGAAGGACUGCUUCCUGGCUGUUUUGUCGUCUCACGGAGAGGAGGGCUGUGUGUAUGGAGCCGACGGGAAACCUGUGAGACUGUCUCAUGUUUUCAGCUUGUUUGACAACGCACAUAUGGAGAAAAAGACCAAGCUUUUCUUCAUACAGGCGUGUCGGGGAGGGGAUCUGGAUGAUGGCGUGGAGGUGGACUCAGCAGAAGGAGAUGCCACUGAGGACAGCAUUACACAGUACAUGUCUGUGCCUAUAGAUACAGCCGUGAUGUACGCCACAGCACCAGGUUAUGGUGCCUUUAUGCACCCUCUUGGAGCCGUCUUCCUCCAAACUCUGUGCACCUUAUUAGAGGAGGAAGGUGGGCAGAACCUGGAGCUGACUCGCCUGAUGACCCGUCUCUCCCACCGGGUGGCCUACACCUUCGAGGCCAAGGGUCGCGUACUGGGAGGGAAGAAGGAAAUGCCUUGCUUCUUGACACGACUGACCAGGGAGGUCUUCCCCUUCGCCGAGCCGAGGAAGGACACCGAUGGACUCUCGGCCACGUCACUUGUUGGCACCAAAAAUGUAAAAAACCGCAUUCCUUCAAUCAGCUAAACCACUGCACAUGCGUGUUUGUGCAUGUGCAUAUUUGAGAGAGAGAGCACACAAAGCCACCAGCAAGUAUCCAGAUGAAUGAAAUGCCAGAAAUAGUUGGUGUAGUUUCCAGCUGUCCCUUGUCAUCAGGUCCCCUUCACAUCCUUACAGGAACCUGUUUCUCACAAGGAAGUCAUACGGCUGAUACUGCUGACUGGACUUUUUCUUGUUUUUUUCUCUUCCUUCAUAUGUCAUCUACAACGGUACUGCACAUAUUUUAUGUUGCACAGCAGUAGAUUCUCAAAUAAAA